AUGCAGCGCUUCAUAGCCUACCUCAGUCUCGAAGAAUGGCUCAAAUUUGUCAGCGUUUUUCCUUCGUGGAACUUCACCUUCCCUGACGUCAUUGUCCUCUCUGAGGACUGUUCAACCACUCUCAUGUGCUUGCUUGAAAGAAAACUCAAUUGCCAGAUUCGCACGCUCGAACUCAAGGGUCCGGGACCAACCUCUGCGGGUGGUGCCCUGGGCAUCCUGCAUAAAUGUCUUGCCCUCGAGGGGCAGGCCUUUUCCUGCCUAGUUCACCUAGAUCUGAGCGCACAGAUGCAACCAAUCGAUUAUUUUCUGCAACUUUUUCAUGGGCGAAUCAGUGCAUUUCCACUUUUGCGGUUCCUCUCUGCCCGACUCACUGAUCCUGACCGGUCCGAUCAGCUGAUUGAUGAGGUGACGGCUCCCCCCCUGUUGGAGGAAGUGAAACUGUUCCUGGUCAGUUACAUCAAUGAGGAGGAUCCCUUUCUACCACAACUCCUGCGUCUCCUGAGAAACAUUGCGGUUCUGACUGUCUGCGAGGGGAUGGUGGAUUGCGUACCCUGGUUGCAUUUUAUCGGGAGUCCCGAGCUACGGGACACCCUCUGCAGACUCCAGUAUCUCAGUGUUGACGCUGGAAGUGAGCUUCUGGAGGUGGUACACAAUAUGCCUUUUGUAGAACGCAAUGUUCGCUUCCCUGCUCUUCGAGAAGUCUACGUUCCCACGACUUGCACUUCUUACGACAGAGUUCUUUUGGAAAACGGGGUCAGUUUUGCGGAUGAGGCGCUUUUGAAUAAUGUAGCCUCGUCUUCAGAGAAUAACUUCCUUGAUUGGACCAAGGAGAAUGUUCAGAUAGGGCGAUGGACGUCCCUCGGACCAAGGGCUCAUGCACUCAUGCUCGAGUUACUUUUUUUCCCGGAUAAUCCCACACCUAUCAGUGAGGUUUCGUCGGCUCUGCUUUUCGUCAGGCAGUUUGGUCAUUUAGUUGAGAAGCUGGUCAUCACAGUGUGUCCUUCCUUAGUGCCUGAAAGCCUGACAGAGUACAUAUCCUUCCUUAACCGUUUUAAAGCUCUUUGUAAGACUCAUCUUCUUCGUAUUCUGACACUAACUAGCCCUAAACUGCGUUCUGUUGAAAUCCCCGCAGAGUUGGCGGAUCCCCGUAGUAUUGAUCCGGAGUUUGAAGCAGCACUGGUUAGGCAUCGAGCGCAGUUCUACUCAGUGAAGGCAUGCUUUAUUAAGUCACCUGUGGGCUUUACCUUCUGCAAUAGUGCAAUCUGGCACUCCUGUCAUUGCCUGAGGAACAUCCCCCACUCACAGCCCAUGAAGAACAUAUGCGGCCUGUUUCCCGGUCUCGAGGAUCUUAUCAUAACCUCGGACAGUCACCUUGAUCCGGAAGACCUCGGUGAAGUGCCUAAUUUCUGUCCAUUGUUACGUCGUCUAUUCCUGCAUAAAUGGCCCUACUCUCUGUAUCAGUAUUCACAGAUCAUCCAGGAAAUCCUCUCGACUUCGAAACUAGAAGUGUUAUGUCUCAUCGUUGAUCACUUUUGGUCGAGAAAUGAAUUUGACCAGAGAAUGGUCUACCUAAACUCACCCAGCCUCAAAUACCUCUAUGUGGACUGCAUCUUUGCGCCCUGCAUCUCAAGAAGGGAGGUCAGUCGCCUUUCACAGUGUCUUCCCAAGGCCAAAUGGAUCAUGGUUGCCAAUGAAGAGGCUGCAAAGUGCGUUGAGUUUCGACGGAACAGGACGGUGGAGACGGUCACGGAAAUGCGGUUGGGUGUCGGUCAACAGCGAAGAGAGCCCAGCUCCUUCUGCCCCGAACUAUAUGGUGUAAUCUGGCGGGAGGAGAGAAGAAUGAAGCAUCUCGUCGACCAUUGGUGCCAUGUCUGA